GGAGAUUCCUGUUCGUGUCGAAACGAUUAUACGUGACAAGCAUGAGAGAGAAAGCUGUUCAAGGGUUUACUCUUCGAUAAAAACAUGACAACAAAUAUUUUGUAUUUGUUGUAUAUUUUUAAGUGAAGUUAAAACUGGGGGGAAAAAAGUCCAAUAAAUGUUGGCUUCAAGAUUUCAAAUUGGCACCAAUUGUUUCCUCAACCUGGAACUCAGCCACUUCAUUGGGUACAACUGGAGAUUUAAUAUUCAUUUUAUGUUUAUUUUUGUGGUUGACAUUUUCUGGGAGGUGUAUGUAAUAUACAACCGAAAUAUUAGAAACAGCUCUGUAUGUGAGUUUUAAUACUGCUCUUGUAUUAAAUAUAUUAUAUUGGGUACACACCGGCUGAGAUAUGCCGCAUGAUUCCAACCCUCUUACACACACACGGUUCACUUAUUGUGGAUUCAGUGCAUUGCAAAUAUUUUUUUCAUAUUCAUAUCGCACGCCAUAUCGUGAAACUUUGGUAAAAUAAACACGUCCUCAUCCAAAAAAAUACGUGGCCGCUACUUCACAGAUUCCACCCAUUGCGGGAGUGGUCCAGAACAUAUUCCCCAGCGAGAAUCUCCGUGUAAAUCUGCAAAAUGACAAAAAUCCAAUACAAGAGCUGUAUCAAAAAGUCUGCAUUUUGAAAUAUAAUGCUCUUUUUGUAGUGUCUGGCCACGUGUCUCUACGACAUAAUUUCAUUUCAUCCUAAUAAGAAAUUAGAUUUCCCUCCUAGUCCUGAUUCAGAUCGGUUUGUCUCCAUCCCUGCUCUCUGAUUGGCCGGCUGUGGUCACGUGUCGCCCUUGCCCUCUCCUCCAAUAAGAAAAGUUGCCUUUGCUCUGCACGCUGCGGGUUUGUGUUGCGGGGGCGAUCCUGUUCGCGUCCAGGUCCAAAGCAGCACUUAUAUUUCAUACUCAUCGCUUAAAAAAAGAAAGGAAAAAAAAAAAAGAAUUGUGAUGCUUUCCGCUGCUUUGUUGCUACUGGCCCUCCUCUCCUCGGCCCCUGUCACAGUGGCCAUCUUAUUUGGGGAGCCCAGGAUAUUUGGAGAGGAAGCUACUGGCUACGGGCCCAUUUUUGAGGAGGAGCCGGUGGAUGUGGUCUACACCGAGGACUCCCCCGAUGGAAGGAUCUCCAUGAACUGCAGGGCACGGGCCAACCCGCCAGCCUCAUACAGAUGGCGCCGUGACAACUGGGAGAUCAAGCUGAUGGAGCAGCCCGAUGAACACUACAGCCUAGUGGGGGGCAACCUGGUCAUCAACAACCCGAGGCAGAAGAAGCACGCCGGCACGUACAUUUGCGUGGCUCGGAACAUCUACGGCACUGUCAUCAGCAAGGAGGCCCGCGUCAAGUUUGGAUUUCUGGAGGACUUUCCUCAAGAAGAGCGAGAUCCCGUCACUGUGAAAGAAGGCCAGGGGGCAGUUCUGCUGUGUGCCCCUCCCAAAGCGUGGCCAGAGGAGGUGUCUUACCGCUGGAUCUUCAACGAGUUCCCAGUGUUCCUCAACAUGGACCGCCGCCGCUUUGUCUCGCAGAGGACCGGCAACCUUUACAUCUCCAAGGUGGAGGCUCAGGACGCCGGAAACUACUCGUGCUUCGUCUCCAGCCCCGUCCUGGGGAAGAGCGUCUUCUCUAAGUUCAUUCCCCUUAUCCCCUUACCGCCAGAAGACGGUGAAGAGAGAAAAUACCCAGCAGACAUCAGCGUGAAGUUCCCAGACACGACAGCACUGCUGGCUUCCAACAUCACACUGGAAUGCUUUGCUCUGGGGAAUCCCAUCCCUCACAUUGUGUGGCGGAAAGUGGACGCCACCGACCUGCCUGCAAACCACGAGAUCAGCGAAUCGGGCGCGGUGCUGCACCUCUACAAUGUCCAGUAUGAAGACGUGGGGGGUUACGAGUGCGAGGCCAUCAACACCAAAGGGAAGGACUGGCACAAGGCCUGGCUCUACGUGGAGUCUGCUCCGGAGUGGGCCGAGACUAUCAACAACACCCAAAUGGACAUUGGCUCGGAGCACACCAUGCGCUGUGUUGCAUCAGGGAAGCCUUUCCCGUUCAUCCGCUGGUACAAAGAUGGCUACAUGUCAGGAAAAGGUGAGCUGAAGUUCUCCAGCCUGACCUUUGAUGACUCCGGGAUGUACCAGUGCAUUGCGGAGAACUACUGGGGCAUCAAAUACGCCAACGCAGAGCUGCGAGUGAUCGCCUGCGCCCCAACGUUUGAGUUCAACCCCCUGAAGAAACAGCUUCUCGGUGCCCGAGACGGCCGCGUGCUGAUCGAGUGUAAACCUCGAGCGGCACCCAGGCCUCGUUUUACCUGGAUCAAGGGCAAAGAGCUGCUGUUCAACAAUUCACGCAUCUCCAUCAUGUUUGACGGCACUCUGGAGAUCCUCAAUGCCACUAAAAACGAUGAAGGUUUCUACACAUGCUUUGCUGAGAAUGACAGAGGGAAAGCCAACAGCUCUGGUUACCUCACCAUCACCGAGGCGACCGGCAUUACGGUGGCUCCCGAGGACACGGAGGUGAAGGUGGGCGACGAGGUGGUCCUGGCCUGCGCCGCCUCCUAUGACCCCAUGCUGGAUAUCACCUUCAUCUGGGCCGUCGACUUCCGGGUCAUCGACUUUGACGCCGAGUGGCAACACUACGAGCGCAUCAUGAGCGAGGAAGGAAGCGGGAACCUGCGGAUCAAGAACACGCAGAUCUGGCACGAGGGCCGCUACACGUGCACGGCUCAGACCGUGGUGGACAGCGACACGGCAUUUGCGGACCUGAAAGUCGUCGGUGUCCCGGGCCCUCCUGGUGUGAUCCGUGUGGAGGACAUCGGCGACACGUGGGUGAAGCUGCUGUGGACUAAAGGAGCCGAACACAACAGCCCCAUUCUCUACUACUCCAUUCAGACCAGGCACUACUGGUCUCUGCACGAGGACGACUGGAGGAACGCCAGCACCUCGCCGACCUUCCUCGACGGCACCGUGGAGUGGGCCAAAGUCACCGACCUGUACCCCUGGAUGGAGUAUCAGUUCCGGAUCAUUGCCACCAACGAGUACGGCUCCGGAGAGUCCAGCAUUCCCUCGCUCAAGAUCAAAACAUGGGACGCUCCUCCGGUGGUGUCUCCCACAGAUGUGGAAGGCUACGGCGGUCGGAACGGCGAGAUAAUUAUCACGUGGACGCCUGUGCAGCCGUGGUAUUUCUACGGCAAAAAGUUCGGCUACAUCGUGGCCUUCAAGCCUCACGACGGGUACCAAUGGUGGUACGAGACCAUCUCCGACCCUGAGACCAAGCGUUACGUUCACAGGGACUCCUUCUUCCUCCCUGGCGACGAAGACUUCCAGGUGCGGGAGUUCCAGGUGAAGAUCAAGACGUUCAACGUGAAGGGAGACGGGCCGUACAGCCUUACCAAGGUCAUCUACUACCCUCGGGACGUACCCACAGAGUCUCCAACAGACGUCUACGCUCGGCCGGUUUCGUCCACCGAAGCGCUGGCGUGGUGGCUCCCGGUGGUGGACACAGGAACGGGCCUGCAGCAGUACAUUGAGGGCUACCAGGUUAAAUACUGGAGAAAGUACGACGACGCGGAGCAAGGAGCCAAUCGCAUAUUCGUUAACGCUACGUUGAACCAUACCAGGCUUGAAAACAUGCUGCCUGACUCACAUUACCUCAUCGAGGUGCGCGCCUUUAACGGAGCGGGCAUGGGCCCGCCUGGCGAACACUGCGAGAUGUUCACCAAAAGACCACCGCCGGCGGAGCCCCCCAGGAUGUGGCGCUUCAUCUCUUGGACUGGAAAGUGGUUGUACGUGUGGUGGGAUCACAUCGCGUACGACUGGUUCGGCAACGUGUCCUUCCCGCUCUAUUACAAGGUCAUGUUCCGGAAGACGGGCUACAUCUACGGGAAGGUCUACGUCACUGGCUGGCACUUCAUGGACUUCCCCAUGCCUCAGUUCGGAGACUACGAGCUGAUGGUCCGCGGGCGCUACGAGGGAGGCGACGGGCCCGUCAGGACCAUUAAACUCCUGGGUAAGGCCUCCAUGACCGCACCUUCGCUCAGCCUUAUUGCCACAGUGUUGCUGGCGCUGUGCAUUGUGGGAUUGUAGCGUCAAGCCAAGUGAUUCCACCUUCCCCUCGCACACUUCAUUUCUGUAGUACAAAAGACUAUCUGGCUUGCGUCGGCUUCUAUGGGCUUUGGGAUGCGCAAAUAUCUCAAAGACUUUUGAGUUUACCUGUUUGGAGUCUAUGCACAAUGGAAAAUCACGAGCAAUCGUUAUUUAUAAGAAGCACUAUAACAAGCAAUCCGAUUGUAUGUAAAGAGCUGUGUAGUAGUGCCUGCUAGCUUGUAGAUGCGCAAAGGACAAUGGGCAACUUAUACGAUUUAUUGUACACGUCUAUUAUUUAUUAAACCACUACUCCACAAUAUCUGUAAUCUUUUUUUUUUCUCCCUCCAACAUUUUUCAAAGCAUCUUUUGUGUCUUUGUUUUUAAAUUCGUGGGGGGAAAAAAACAUUCUUUAUCAUUGCUGUCAAACAUCUCAUUUUAUUUAAAAUGUGAUAUUUUGUUCUUUAUUUGGUUUACAAAUAAUUACAAAACAGUAAAUUUGCUUUUCAUUGGCCAAUUUUUGCUAUUUGUAAUAUGUCAAUAUCAAUGUUUUUUUCCCAUUUACAAUUUGUAAAAUUUGCUUUUCAUUGGCCAAUUUUUGCUAUUUGUAAUAUGUCAAUAUCAAUGUUUUUUUCCCAUUUACAAUUUGUAAAUAUCUCAUAAUCAUGUCAUUUAAACAUCUCAUAAUAGCUACAAAAUAAUAGGAUUAGACCCUAUAAAAAAAUGCUAAUUGAGCCAGAAAAAAACGUAUAAACUGACGCGUGGUAUACAAUUUUGGACAACAGAUGGCGCCAUAAUCAUGUACAGUACAAUACAAGCCAGUUCCAAACUGUAACUGUAUUGCAUCGUACAAUAAUAAUAAAACGUACAAUAAUAAUAAAAAUGGCUCGCUGCAAACACCGGGCUAGCUUGUUUCACUGCACAAAAUUGGCGUGGCAUAAUUCAUUAAAUGAAACAAAGCAAGUGAAAAAUGUCAAAUAAAGGGUCAAGUGGUGUAGCCUUACCAACUCAAUAAAUGUUAAGUUGAAAAAAAAUUAACUAAUUUACCAAUAGUCAGUUAUAAACCUGUAUGGGAUUAUGUGUCCGCUUUUUUAUGCGUGGUUUCAGAGUAAAGGCUAAUUUAAACGUGAAUUAAAUCCUUCUAUCGAGCGUAACUCCAAUCAUUUGUGACUUUUCCAGGAUGAUUGUCUUGUCUCUCCACCUCCAUGACCUUCUUCACUGUUUAUUAUUAUUAUUAUUAUUAUUGUUGUUUUGCUUUUGCCUUUAGCAUCUUUUGUUGUGCUUGAAUUGAAUGAAGGCACGCAUGUUAAAGUUGACUUACUUUCUUGCGACGCCAUCUUUUGGUUAAUGAGCAUUAGCCUCCCCCCUGUGCUAAUUAGCCUCAUGAGUUUCAGCAGGCUACUUCUGUCAGCCAAUCAGCUUUCAGCGUACUCCACAGCUGUCUUUUUAGCCACUUGAUUGGCUCUGUAAUGCUUGUUUGUGCUUUAUUUCAGUUUUGUUUUUUUUCAAAUUAGCUUUUUGUUUUAUUAUUAUUUGUUAAUAAGUCAUGUCGUCAUUGGCAGAGCCUAUUUGGACAUAGAAAGUACAGAUGUUUUUUUUUUUAAUGUCUGCAGUAAAAGUAAAAAGUCAUCAGAAAAACAAAUACUUGAGUAAAGUACAAAUGCCUGAAAAAUCUACUGAGGUGCACGUACCUUGUUACUUGCCACCACUGGUGUUUCCCAAUCAUGUCUAAAUUGUUAGGUAUUUCCUUAAAAUAUAAAUAAAAUAAUAUAAUAUA